AUGGCAUCCCGCGCAGUCCAUAUUGAGACAGCUAAUUCGCUGAACACCGACUCAUUCUUGAAUGCCUACCGCAGAUUCACAUGUAGAAGGGGUCCAGUGAGACAACUCCGCUCCGAUAGAGGCACGAACUUCAUCGGUGGAAAGAAUGAACUGGACGCUGCCCUAGCCGAGAUGGAUCAACCGAAGAUAUCUCAAGAGCUGCUAAAGGACAGUUGUGAUUGGGUGACAUUCAAUAUGAACGUUCCCACAGCCAGUCACAUGGGAGGCACAUGGGAAAGGCUCAUCCGUUCAAUCAGACAGGCGCUCUCAACAUUGCUGCAGAAACAUGGGCAACAACUGGAUGAUGAGCUCUUGAGGACCCUCAUGACCGAGGCUGAAGCAAUUGUGAACAGCCGACCUCUCACCUACGUUGACAUGGUGGCCCCAGAUUCAGAAGAGCCCCUCACGCCAAGCCAACUGCUAACGCUGAAAAGCAAGGUACUUCUCCCUCCGCCAGGAGUCUUCAUCCAACAAGAUCUUUAUUGCCGACGCCGAUGGCGCAGAGUCCAGUACCUGGCCAACCAGUUCUGGUCACGUUGGAAGACUGAGUACUUGUCGACCCUACAAGAGCGGAAGAAGUGGCAGAAGGCUCAGCAGAAUCUGGAGAUAGGCAACAUCGUCAUGAUGGUCGACGACUCCACUCCCCGAUGCCAGUGGCAACUCGCUCGUGUGGUUGAGACGUACCCAAGCUCAGACGGUCACAUCAGGAAGGCCAAGCUCCAAACUGGUCGAUCUGUCUUCGAGAGGCCUAUCCAUAAGGUUGUACUACUGUUGGACCAGGGACGCCCCGACGAGGAGCCAAAUGCCUGA